GAGCGCAGAAACAGAAAGGUACACAGAGAGAAGAGUGGACGACAGAAAGUAAGAGAAGGAGAAGGAGGACGGUGGCUCCUGAGCAUCUCCUGCGCUGCUCCACUCUGCGCUCUGGAUCUUAAACACUCCACAUCCCUCGAGUUUGCUCAGAGAUAUUAAAACUUUUCACUUUUCUCUCACUUUGCUGUUUUUGGAGUUGACAGACACAGACGCGAUUCCUGGAAGAGUUUUCCUUCAUUUUACCCCCUAAAGUCUUUCCAUCCCUCCAGAAGUUUUUUUUUUCUUUUUCUGAGGAGUGCAGCUCCUUGUCAGCUCCAGAGCUCCGCUUCACUUUUUCCACGUGUCCCUGCGUUUGACAGAAACGUGUCACUCUGAGGUUUUUCGUGCCUUCAACUUUUGUUUUUCAAAAGUCACUGAACCAAAAACAGAGGCUAAAGAUGAGAUUUCAAACAUCAGGACAGUCCCCAGCCCAGCGUGACUCUCGUGCUGAGUGUUCAAAUCAUUAAAACUGAGCGAGUUUUGAUGGUUUCGCUGUGAAGCUGAGCGACACUGAAGAGACGCGGAGUCUGGACGCGCAGCUCACCUGUAGCAUCUCCUCCGCUCAUCAUCCGUCUGAGGCGCCGCUUUGAUUCUGAGACAGAUGCAAACUAUCUGAGAGGGACAACUCCACACGGUUCAUUCAUUCCCAGAACACAGCCGCCUCUUGUCACGUCGGGCUGCGUAAAGGAGCGCUGCGCCUUUACGCAAAAGAAACAAACUUUAAAUCCAGCUGAUAAACCUCUCUGGGGAUCCGCAUCUGCGCAUUUCGUCACAAAUCAAAAGCUUAAAUUCGACUUUCAGCAGUUUUUUGAAAGUCCUCCAGAGCUCCAGAGGACCGCCGGGCUCUCCAUCACCAUGCUGUUCGACAGUUUCGAUCUGGUCUCGGCUCUGGCCACUCUGGCCGCCUGCCUGGUGUCCAUGGCGCUGCUGCUCGCCGUCUCCCAGCAGCUGUGGCAGCUCCGAUGGACGGCCACGAGGGAUAAAAACUGCAAGCUGCCCAUGCCCAAAGGAUCCAUGGGCUUCCCGUUCAUCGGCGAGACCUGCCACUGGCUCCUGCAGGGUUCGGGCUUCCACGCGUCGCGGAGGCAGAAGUACGGCAACGUGUUCAAGACCCACCUGCUGGGUCGGCCCCUGAUCCGGGUGACGGGCGCUGAGAACGUGCGGAAGGUUCUGAUGGGCGAGCACACGCUGGUGACGGUGGACUGGCCCCAGAGCACCUCCACGCUGCUCGGACCCAACUCGCUCGCCAACAGCAUCGGAGACAUCCACCGCAAGAGGAGGAAGGUGUUUGCCAAAGUGUUCAGCCACGAGGCCUUGGAGUCCUACCUGCCCAAGAUCCAGCAGGUGAUCCAGGAGAGUCUGCGGGUGUGGAGCUCCAACCCCGAGCCCAUCAACGUCUACAGGGAGAGCCAGAGGCUGUCGUUCACCAUGGCCGUCAGGGUUCUGCUGGGAUUCAGGGUGUCGGAGGAGGAGAUGAGGCAUCUGUUCUCCACCUUCCAGGACUUUGUCAACAACCUGUUCAGUCUGCCCAUAGACCUGCCGUUCAGCGGCUACAGGAAGGGGAUCCGUGCACGUGACACCCUCCAGAAAAGCAUAGAGAAAGCCAUCAGGGAGAAGCCGCUGUGUUCCCAGGGGAAGGAUUACAGCGACGCGCUGGACGUCCUGAUGGAGAGCGCCAAAGAGAACGGCACCGAGCUCACCAUGCAGGAGCUGAAGGAGUCGACCAUCGAGCUGAUCUUCGCCGCCUUCGCCACCACCGCCAGCGCCAGCACCUCCCUCAUCAUGCAGCUGCUGCGCCACCCUCCGGUCCUGGAGCGCCUGAGGGAGGAGCUGAGGGCCCGAGGCCUGCUGCACAACGGCUGCCUGUGCCGCGAGGCCGAGCUCCGGCUGGACACCAUCGUCAGCCUCAAGUACCUGGACUGUGUCAUCAAGGAGGUGCUGAGGCUGUUCACGCCCGUCUCCGGCGCUUACCGAACCGCCAUGCAGACCUUCGAGCUUGACGGAGUCCAGAUCCCAAAGGGCUGGAGCGUGAUGUACAGCAUCCGGGACACCCACGACACCGCCGCCGUCUUCAAGGACGUGGACGCCUUCGACCCGGACCGCUUCAGUCAGGAGCGGGGUGAAGACAAGGAGGGACGCUUCCACUACCUGCCCUUCGGCGGCGGCGUCCGGUCCUGUCUGGGGAAGCAGCUCGCCACCCUCUUCCUUCGCAUCCUGGCGAUCGAGCUGGCCAGCACCAGCCGCUUUGAGCUGGCCACCCGGCAGUUCCCCCGCGUGGUCACGGUACCGGUGGUCCACCCGGUCGACGGGCUCAAGGUUAAGUUCUACGGCUUGGACUCCAACCAGAACGAGAUCAUGGCCAAGUCGGAAGAGCUCCUGGGAGCGACGGUCUGAAGGGCGGAGGGCUGGCGAGUAGGUGGGAGGGGGUGAGUGAUCGAAGAAGAUUGAAGGAAGGAAAGAAGGAAUUUCAGAGUUAUUUUUUCUUCUCCACCUUUGUUCUGCCAAGUUGGAGGUUCCUUUUCAGACUAAAAGAAAAGCAGAAGUCUUCGUCUCUUGUUACAGCUGAUGAUGAUCGGGACUUUCCUUUAAGAAAGGAAGAAGCUGCCAAAAAAGUUCUUAAUUAUGCUCUAUUCUGUGUAUUUUUUUAAAGAAAUAUACAAACAAAAAGUAUGUACAAAAAGCUAUGUAAUAUAAUUUGAAAGAGAAUGUGGGUAGUGCACAAAGGGAGAGAGAGAAGGACGGUGGUACUUUGGUGAAAUGAAGUGUUGAAAGGAAAGACGGCUGUGGAGGGACGGGAGGUGGGAUGGACGAACAGGGUAUCGGAGGACACAACAUGAUAUUCUAGCAUUUUGCUUGUGCUUAAUCAAAACCUACAAACCAUUUCAGUUGUCUAGCAGGGUAAAGAGAUGGAAACGGAAAGUUGUGGAGUUCCUGGUCACACGGUCGACUCUGAGUUCUGAGCAGCGCCACCCAGAUCCAAGCUGUUGGCUUUUUGUGAUAAAUAUUUAAAGGAAUGGCAGAAAUCAGUGGAGGCUUUUGUCAGGUGUUUUCCAUCAGCGGUCCGUUAACAUUCAGAUUGUUUACUCGCAUACAGAUGCAGGCAAAGGGAUCACAGCACAUCGGGUCGCAGGGAGCCCGACUCUGAACCAUUUCCUCAAGCUAACGUCUCACGAUGCAGUCAGUGCAUUCAACCUAUACUGUAAUUAGGGUCCAGGAUCAGUGCAGGCAGAGAGGGGACGGCUGGUAGUGCUGUAGCUCACAUGCUGGACACACUCUGGGUGAUGCAGAUGGGCAGCCUCACCUGCUGCUGGUUCACUGGUUAGAACUCUGCAGUUUCAACAUUACCUCCACUGACCCGCCAUAAGCUCCUCAGAGUUCUACUGGACAGAACACCAGACAGGUCCACAGCUUUGUUCAGCAGUUUGUCAGCACGGUGCGACAGCUGUCCACGAGUGUGGAGUCUCCAGAGGUUGUAGCUCGACUUCUUGAGGAGUUCAACUCUUCCUGGAAGACCAGCGCCGUCUCUGUGGCCUUCAAGUGUUGGGAUCCACAUUACAAACCCUAAAAAUGGAAACUGCAAGUCUUUAUUUGAUAAAUUCUACCUUGAACUACAUUUUAUUACCUCCUUUUCCUUUCUGCAACCCAGGUUGCAGAGGUUGCCCAUCUGCAUGAGCUCCACAUGUCGCCCCAGUCGUCCUAAAGACGGUGAACUCAGGUGCAGAGCAGGAGCUUUAGGGGACCACGGACAGCCUUCACUUCCUGGUCUCUAACUCUGACUGCACGUCCUUGUAGUUUCAGACCUGGGCCGGCUGCUUCUGGACUGUUCUAUUCAAACAGCACUGACUUUACCUGCAGCGUCCCUCUGAGGAGGCACAUUCGAUAGCAGAUAAACAGAAAAACAACCAGAACCAGGUCAGAAGUCAUCCGGUCCAGAUCUGCUCUGUAAACCCUCUGAACCUGUGCUUCGGUUUCUACGCCACACUUCCAAGUCGCAGUGAGCUCUGUGCUGCCGGAGUAGAGCCGGAGGCCGGGGUGGAGGUCACCUCCAUACAUGCUGCUCCAGCGUGGCCUGUCGUCCUGUGUGUCUGUCUGUUUGCUGUUCGUGUUUCCUCGGGGCGGCCGCUUUGAGUUCUGUGGAGAAGGCCACGUUGUGUCUCUGCUGCUCCUCCAAUCAGCACUAAGAAUGCAAAAUGAAAUCAAUCUGGCGCUUUGAGCAACUUUACGCGCUAGAAGAGAUCGGCGGCGUUGGGUGACUGCACAAUCAGAACUCUCGGAGAGAAGACGGUCCCGGCCUCGGUCCCGAACACGGACCACUUCUGGGACUGUUGGUGGAACUUUGCUCUCGAAUCCUCGGCCGGAGUUCUGCGCUCAAGCUCGAGAAGGGAAGGACCAAUGAGGCUUCAGGGAAGGGCAGGGUCACACUCAGAGGGCUUCUCUCAUUGGACGGUGCUGUCGUCCAAUAGCAUUCCAGACUGCCAGACGCUGUUCACUCUUUCUACCAACCACACCACUGAUUUCUUCACGAUAAAAAAAAAAAAAGAAAAAGAAAAUGGAGUUUUUUUGCUGCUUUUCUCGUGUACAUUUUCUAAUUGAGAGUUCUAGAUUGCAAUAGUUUGUAUGGAGUGAGAUUUGCUAUUUCUUUCCCUUUUAUAUAUAUAAAUAUAUAAAUAUAUAUGAAAUUUAGCUGAUUAAAUAUUUGCAUUUUGUGAAAGCGAAGAAGAGCAUUAAUAGGUUAUAGUGUAUAUUAAUUUGUACAAUAUUCCUUCCUUUAGCAAGCCACGGGGAAAAUCAGCUAUUUACAUCUACUAAUAACCUAAUAUUAAUGUUAUUGUACGAUUAAUAUUGUUGUCAUAAGAUAUUUGAAAUGCUAUUUUUUAUUCUAUUACAGAUUUAGAGUUUUUAGCCUAAAUGAGGAGGUCUCUGGUAAAUAUUGGAUGUAUUUAGAGUGUUAUGUAUUUCAAUUAUAUUGUAAACAGUGUUUAAAAUGUUAAUAUUGUUGAUUUGAUUACUGUAAUAAUUAUUAUUUGUUUUGUUAUUCAGACUUAUUAUCACUGCAUUUUAUUUGAUAUUAAUUAUGGAAAACAGAAAGCACUUGCGAGGUAUGUUUAUUUUUAAAGUGCCAUGCGACUACACUUCCUCUCACCUGUCCGUUCCUCAACCUGUCCUCUGUCACUCUGUACAUAUUUGAAGUUCUUUUUACAGGAAAACGUGUUCAUUUAGUUUAAAUAUGAAUGUCUUGUGCUACUUCCUUCCUUUCCUUUUUUGUUACCGUGACUGUUACGUGUACUCCUGUAAUAAAAGCUAUACAGUGAAAAACA